CUUUAGUUGCUCCUUUGUCUCCCUCCUUCGCUUCUUCUACCUCGAUUCCCGAUUUUGCCUCGCCGUGGUUCUGUCGCACCGCCGUGUCUCUCCGCUGUUCUGAGACCCUCAACAUAUAGUGAACCGAUGAUUUACACUGCGAUAGACAAUUUCUACAUAACCGACGAGCAGUUGAAGGCUUCACCUUCUAGGAAAGAUGGGAUAGAUGAAACAACUGAAACCUCUCUUAGAAUCUAUGGAUGUGAUCUCAUCCAGGAGGGUGGAAUAUUGCUCAAACUCCCCCAGGCAGUUAUGGCUACCGGACAGGUUCUUUUCCACCGAUUCUACUGCAAGAAAUCUCUGGCCAAAUUUGACGUUAAGAUAGUUGCUGCGAGCUGUGUCUGGCUUGCGUCGAAACUUGAAGAAAACCCUAAGAAAGCAAGACAAGUAAUCAUUGUAUUCCACAGGAUGGAGUGCCGCAGGGAGAACUUACCACUAGAUCAUCUGGAUAUGUAUUCCAAGAAGUUCUCCGAGUUGAAAGUUGAAUUAAGCAGAACUGAGAGGCAUAUACUGAAAGAGAUGGGUUUUGUUUGUCAUGUUGAACAUCCUCACAAGUUCAUAUCGAACUACCUUGCUACACUUGAAACACCUCCAGAAUUGAGGCAAGAAGCUUGGAAUUUGGCAAAUGAUAGUCUGCGUACAACCCUAUGUGUGAGGUUCAGAAGUGAGGUUGUGGCAUGUGGGGUUGUGUAUGCUGCUGCCCGUAGGUUUCAAGUGCCUCUCCCGGAGAAUCCACCCUGGUGGAAAGCAUUUGAUGCAGAUAAAUCUAGUAUUGACGAAGUGUGUAGAGUUCUUGCUCAUCUAUACAGCCUUCCAAAGGCUCAGUAUCUCUCUGUUUGCAAGGAUGGGAAGCCAUUUACAUUUUCCAGUAGAUCUGCGAAUCCUCAAGCUCAAUCAGCUACAAAGGAUGUGUUGCCGGCAGUAAGCGAGGCUGUUGAUACAAAGUGUACUCCAGGAUCAGCUAAUAACGACUCAAAGGAUGGAAUGGUUACUACGCCUCACGAAAAGACUACAGAUUCCAAAAAGAGCGAUACUGAGUCACACAGUCAGCCAAUUGUAGGAGACUCAAGGGAGGAAAAAAGUAAAAUUGGAGAAAGAGAAAGAGAAAGAGAGAGCGAUAGAGAGAAGGAACGAGGCAGAGAGAGGGACAGGGGGAGGUCUCACAGAGGCAGAGAUUCUGAUAAGGAUAGUGAUAGAGAUAGAGACAAACUCAAAGAGCGAAGUCAUCACCGGUCAAGGGACAGAUUGAAAGAUUCAAGUGGACAUUCAGAUAAAUCAAGACAUCACUCCUCUCGCGACCGUGAUUACCGUGAUCCAUCACACUCAUCCAAAGACCGUCGUAGGCACCAUUAAACCAAUCUUCUUGUAACCAAAUUGGAGGUACCACUAAGCCACCAAAUCACCUUGAGCUACUUGAUGUUAGACAUUAUAGUGUUGUAUUGUGUUAACUGUUAAGAGUCAAAACCCAUAUGUUUCACUUUACAGUGUGUACUCAAUUAAACAUUCUCUCAUGUUAAGGUCACCGUAUAAACACCGUAUAAACACAACAUCAUAUCAAGAUUA